AGCAGAGCUGCGCCGAGUAUGAAUGAAAAGACAGGCUUUGCUGGGCUCAUUAAGGUUAUUAUCAGAGGAGCGUGUCCAGCAGAGAGCAUAUAGAGGCACAAUGUGGUGUUUUCUCCAAUUAUUGGCCUGUUCAUCAUUGGGGCUGCAACUAAAAAACAGCCUACUAUUGGUUUUCUAACAAUUCUGUAUUUGAAAGAAAUAAUCAAGCUCUGAAAAUGUCAGAAUCACAAGUUACCAGAGCCCAAGGUGAUGUCUGCAGCUGGGUUCAUUUAGAAUGAUCGACAAUUAAUACCAAAGUAUUAAUUUGAUCACAGUAAAGUGUGAAAAUCAAGUUAGUCUGACAACUUGUGAAACUGUAAGCAAUUCUUCUGAGUAAAGCCACCUGUUACAGGCUGUGGAGAAGGGUGUGUGUGCAUGUACAGUAUGUAUGUGUGUGUGAUAGGUGGGUAUUAUUCAGAGGAAAGCAUCCGUUCUCCACCUGCCGGCAGGCGAACUGAACCCGUUCUUCCACUCUACACUAACUUGACUGAGUUGUUUGUGUCAGCUGAUGUUCACUUGCUCAUUAGUAGUUGUCCUCAGUCUGUGGACUCACUCAUCAGCUGCUCUUCAUCCUUUUGACUCUAUCUUCUCUCUGGCUGAAGGAGGGGAAUAUGAAGGUUGAUUUGGAGGCUUCUCUGCCCGCUGGACAUGCGGGUUUCGCUAUCCAGUGUCGAGAUGUGUGCCGGUCGUACGGCAAACUGAAGGUCCUCAGCAGCCUCAACCUGACUGUACCACAGGGACAAAUUUAUGGCCUUUUAGGGCCCAGUGGAUGUGGGAAGACCACGCUUUUGAAAUGCAUCGUUGGAACUCUGAAAAUCUCACGGGGUCAUAUCACUGUGUUAGGCAAGCCGCCAGCGUUCCCUGGCCAUGAUGUGCCGGGGAGGAUGGUCGGAUACAUGCCACAGGACCUGGCGCUGUACAACGAGUUCACCAUCAGUGACACCCUGACUUUCUAUGGCCGAAUCCACGGCCUGACGUGGAGGGAAACCCAGACACGCAUGGACUUCCUCGUUGACAUCUUGGAUCUACCUCAGAAGCACAGUCUGGUCCGAAAUCUCAGUGGGGGUCAGAGGCGUAGGGUGUCUCUCGGAGCGGCUCUGCUUCAGAACCCAGAGCUGCUCAUCCUGGACGAACCGACAGUCGGAGUGGACCCUGUGCUCAGGGCCAAGAUCUGGCAGCAUCUGGUGGAGAUUGUGAAGACGGGGAAAGUCUCUGUCAUCAUCACCACACACUACAUAGAGGAGGCGAGGCAAGCCAAUGUGGUCGGCCUCAUGAGAAACGGCUGUUUGCUGGCUGAAGGCCCUCCAGACGCAGUCAUGAAGCAGCACAAUGCAUCAACACUGGAGCACGCCUUCCUCCAGCUGUGUGAGACGUCGGACCAGAUCGACUCUAAACGGUCCAGUCCGCAGGGUGGGCAGCUGGAGUCAUUCGAGAGCGGGCGGGACGAGAGUCGGCCAAUUCUCGGGGUCGGACCAGGAGCGGCAGAGGAAGUUCCCAAAUAUUCAGCGGACUGGAAGGUGCGAACCAGACACGUGCUGCCGAAGUGGAGAAACAUCGCUGCCCUGAUCAUCAAAACUAUGGUGCGGAUGAAAAGAAUGCCUGGCUCCUUGUGUUUCCAGUUCUUGCUGCCCGUCAUUCAGGUCUCUCUGAUCUGUCUGUGUAUUGGAGGAGACCCAAAUGGGAUCCAGGUUGCCGUAGUGAACAACGAGACCUCUUCCUCUGCUUACAGCCAAUCGCUGCUCUCCUUCCUGGACAACUCCAGCGUGCACCAGGUUCCCUUGUCCCAUUCGGAUGCUUUUGAUGGGGUCUAUAACGGAGAGUACUGGGGUGUCAUCGGCUUUGGCAAGAACUUCACCAGCUACCUGACAAAAAGGAUGAUGGAGCGACAUGUUUCUAGAGAAGUGGUUGAUGGGGGAUCAGUGCACGUCUGGCUGGACCUGACAAAUCAACAAAUUGCUGUUAUGCUGAAGAAGAAACUACAUGAGGCCUUUCAGGCUUUUGUGGAGAGUAAGUUGAAAAGUAUGUCGUACCUGGUCGACCUGCCAAUAAAGUUUGAAAAGCCGAUCUAUGGCAGCCAAAACACAGACUUCACAACAUUUGUGACACCUGGAGCUGUACUCAGUAUCACCUUCUACCUGGCUGUGGGUCUGACUGCUCUCUCCUUUGUCCUGGAGAGGAAGGAGGGGCUUUUGGACAGGUGCUGGGUCGCAGGUGUGAGCUCUCUGGAGACGAUGUUGGCUCACCUCUUCUCUCAGCUUUUUGUCAUCAGCGUUCAGAUCCUCCUGCUGCUCCUCUUCAUAUUGCUCGUCUUCAAGAUACCUAAUGAAGGCUCCUUGGUGCUGGUCAUAAUUCUGAUCGUGCUGCAGGGCAUCACUGGCAUCUCGUUUGGCCUCGUCAUCUCAGCCGCAAUCGACGAUGAGCAAAGUGCCAACCAGGCCGCCCUGGGCAUCUUCUACCCCAACCUCAUCAUCAGCGGUAUCAUCUGGCCUGUGGAGUGUAUCCCGUAUCCUCUCCGCUACAUCAGCAUGGCUCUUCCUCAGACCUACGCCUCAGAAGCCCUUCGCUGUAUCAUGUACAGAGGUUGGGGUCUGUCUCGGAUGAUGGUGUGGCGAGGCUUUGCUGUCACUCUGGGCUGGAACACUUUCUUCCUCAUCCUGGCCACAGUCAUCUUAAAGCUGAGGACGUGAUAACCGCACAGAACCUCCUUCAGUGUGUGGACAGCGCCAUCAGGUGAAGCCCAGGAGCCAACGACUCACCUGGGGGGCCUCCUGUCUGUGCAUGCAGUGGGGCAGCAAAGGGGCGGGAGGCAAACACUGGUUUAAUGAACUGAUUAAGUUGUUACAUCAGUCUCUGCCCUCUAAAUUAUCUGUCCCACAUACAGCGCACACACACACACACACACACACACACACACACACACACACACACACACACACCAACCAACCAGCUGCCUGAUCCUGCAACAGUUGUUUUGGCCUGUUCAAGCACGAGUGAAAUUUCAAAAGGCUGCACAUAGAAGUACACAAGAGAGAAUAUGCACAUGCACAAUAUGACAAUAUCUGUGAAAUAAUAAAAUGAGGAUAGUGUGUAGUCUUAGACUUUCACUUGUAUGUGCAGCUUGCUGAAACUUUUCACCCCCAGAAUGGUCCAUGUACCAACUCAGGGUCUUUUUUGUUUGUUUAGUUUGCCCUGGUCUUAAUGCUAAUAGUGAGAUUUGUUUGUGAAUAUACUGACUAUAACUGUAGGGCAAUAUUUUUUUUGUCCAUACAGUAUUUUUUGUCUACCUUAUAUUUUUCAUUAUGUCAACUUUAACAUUAUAAAAUUGUCAGAAAAGGAGUCAGCACAACAAGACAAUGUGAAAAUGUUUUUUGUGGUUGCUUUACAAGCAGAGAAGAUUGUUGAUGCAUGUCGUGGGAACCCGGAAUAGGUUUUAAAGUGCUGAUUGCUUCAUUUUGUUCAGGAAAUUCUCACCCAUUCAGGCUUCCCGCAGCAACAGUAGUUUUACGUUCUGUCUUGUGUGUGACAGGAAGUGGUAACCACAUCUCAUCUUGGUGCAUUAUCAGCUGAUCAGCUCCAAAGUUUCGUCUAGAUGUGUGUUGACGUCAUUUUCAGUUCAGGUUGAUGGGGUCCUCCAUAACUUGUGUUUUGUGCCUGAAUCCCCUGUGGGAGAAAAACAUGUCAGUGAUUAGAAAGUGUUGGUACUGCAUAAUUUCUCUUUUAUUACGCCCCACUGUGCUGGACAGAGUGGAUUCUGUUGGAUAGAUUCUUCUCACAGGUCAGGUGUGUCAACUGCUCAUACUUUAUACUUUGUUUAUUACUCUUCCACCCACAUUAACAUAAUAAAAGCACACAGGAGUAAUGCUGAUUUGGAUUGCCUUUUGGAUGAGGUGUCUUUACUGUGAUGCAAAAGGGAAGAAAAAUGAGGAAUAACUGUAAAAUCUGAAAUGCCAUGGAGUUGGAUUGUAGAUUUGAGUCACAGUCAGUGUAGAGCACAGUCAAUGGGAAGCAAAUAAGAGAUAGUUUGAUAUUCCUUCCUACGAAUAAUCAAGUUUUGAGGAAGGCUACAUAAUAUUUUUUAAAGAUAAAACUCAAUAACAUUAUUUUGUUGUUAAAACAGAAGGACUAAUCUUUAAAUAAAUGGGAAUUUUCCAGUUUUAAGUGAUUUUUUAAAAUACAAACAUGAAGCUACAUUAUACGUAAAUAGUGGAUAGAAGGAUUGGAAAGAAGUAACCAAAUUAUUAGGAAAAUAUAUUCUGUUAAUAAUAAAUGAUACGCAGUUAAUUUCUUUGCAUUUUAUUCAUCUCUAUGAGGACAGUAAAGAUUAAUCUCUAAAUAAAUGAACUCUCUGAAUUGACCACAUGUAGUUCCACAUUUUGCAAAGUACACAUAUAUACAGAGUUAGAUGAGAAGAGAAGUACCACUCUCAUGUCUGUUUGCUAAAUAUGAAGCUACAGCCAGCUGCCUCUUAGCUUAGCUUAGUUUAGCGUAAAGACUGGAAACAGGGGGAAACGGCUAGCCUGGAUCUGUCCAAAGGUAACAAAAUCAACAAGAACUUGGCACGGGGAUUUUCCUUAAGAAAUACAGCCGUUUAUGAGCUGUGGAGAUGUGAAAUGACCAUGUCGGGUUCUCUGUGAUGUUGAUUCCUGGGAACCUGACUGUUCACCUGUUCCACGUCAGCUCCACUGAUGUAGGUGUGUCUUCACCUACUUUUUCCUAAAAAAACAAGCGUCACCUUGGUUUUGUUGACGUUGAACUGUAGGUUCUCUGUGUACCACCCUGCAAGAAUGAUGAUUUCCUGUCAAUACAAAGUUGUUGUUGUUUGAAAUCUAAAUUUCACAAGAGAGCUUCAUUUUUACCACAUAGACGCAAGAGCGGUAUCAAUCUUCUCAGCAAGAAAGCGAACAAAUUUCCCAAACAAAACCACUGCCUAUUGUCUCAGUCUACCAUCACAUGUUGUGCCAAUCUCAUAAAGACUUAGAAAUGUUUACAUUCAUCUGAGCACAUGCCUAAUAAAUCAGAAUAUCUUUAAUAGCAGAUGUUUUACCCAGUUCAGCUGUAUGAAUAAACAUAUAUACCAGCAUGUGUUGAAGCCAUGAUGCUACAGUACGUGUUGCAGUGCUGGUAAUGCCAGUUAUAUUAAUGUAAUGAAGAAUUUAUGUGUUCUUUAACAGGAUAAAUAAUUAAUCAAUCUAAAUGAUUUUAAAUCCCUCUGAUUGCUUUCUACUGGAUUAUGUCAGGGUCUAAUGGUAAAGAUGGAUGUACAGUAUGCUGUGUGUUAGAUGUGGGAUCUGUAGGAGAGAGUUCCCUGCACUGUAAAUCUGCUGUUGCUCAUGUUGCUCUGUUGUACAUACACAUUUCCUCUUGCACAUUUUAAGGGACUUUGUGUUCGUGUUUGGUAGCCUCUUUGCUCUUACAGAAACAGCUCUCCACCUCCUCCUAAAUGGACUCAACUGUAUUUUGCCAAACUGUGAGGAUACAUGCUGUACCUCUGUUUAUAUUCAUACUUUGACAGAAAGCUGAAGAUGAAUCCCACAUCAUGGUUGGAUUACCUCUGUGCCUCACUCGACUCCCAUCACACAGUAAUGUACCUGUAAUAAAUAUGUUUAAAAUAGUGGACAAUCGCCUGUUCAUACAGCUUACGCGAAAGUAUGGACAUUAUUCGGUAAUAGUGUGAGUAUUGUGAGAAUCUGUGUAAGAUUUUCAUAUGGUGAUUGUUGUUAAGUGCUCUAUAUCCAUUUUCGAGGAAUACCUUUAUGUUUAAUAUUAGUAUUAAAAUACCUGUGCCCCAGUUGAAAAUCUACCUGCAAAACCAGCUAACCAUUAUGUAAAAGCAAGCAUCUUGGAGCAAAACUCCUCAUGUAAGAAGCACAAGAUUUACAUGAACUGCAAUUAUUCUACUGAAGACACUAUUUCAAAUAUGCUGAUUACAUGGGUUCUUAUUGAACUAUUCCACUCCUGUAUUGCCCCCCAUAAUGCUGACCGAGGAUGCCCUCUCUGUGUGAUUUAUGUCUAUGUUGUUUUGUCUGUGGUUUGAGGUGGUUGGGUGAUGUCACAUAUUUCUUUGCACCAGUCAGACAUUUGGCAAGAUCUGGAUGGAAAUCUAAUGCCAGUUGUUUUGUUGUUUGACAGUGCCCAGGCAAUAAAAGCAAUCAAAACUGAUCAAACCACAGCCAUACAAUGUUUGAGUCUUAAUAAAUAAUACCUAUGGAUGUUUGGGGCUUUAAAGUGAAUACAAGUCUAAAAUUGCCAUAAAUUAAGCAAUAAAAAGGAAACUAUGGCUUAAUUUGGAUUGAAGUAAUCAGAGCUGUAUAUUUAGACACUUCUUAUGCAGAUAUUUGACUUUAUCUGGUUAAUAUUUAAACAUUGCAGUUCAUGUAAACAUACCGUGUUGCCAGGAAUUUAACUCCAAACUACCUCCGCUGUCUCUCCCCAAAGGGCAUGUAAAACAUUUACACUCCUGUGUUGUGACAUGUAUGCACUGUGAUGGCAGAUAAGCUUCGAUGAGGUUUUAUUCAUGUAUUUAAAAAAAAAACAAUAAAAUAUUGUUUAUUAAA